UGAAAGUUCACAAUUAACGACGUCAACUGUUAACCCUUUCUCUCUCACACACACACUCUCACACUCACACACCUUUCUCUCUCACACACUCUCAUGUCUGUGAAUAACUGUCCUCCAUUUCCACUUAGGCGGCUUCCUCUUCUCCCCUAUUUAACCUUCAUACUCUUUUCCUUUUGACGCUUUACAAAAAAACCCUAAUUUUUCACCGAUCUUCAUCAAUCUCAUCAAUCGUACUGUUAGUGACCUAAUUUAGCUUCAAUCAGGUGUAGGUUUUGCUUGAAUUUAACGAUUUGAACGGUUUAUUGUAAGAGUGUUUAUCUAGGUUAGUUACAGUGUGAGAUCUGGCGAUUUGGUUAUGGCGGAAGGUCGUCGUUACGCGCUUGGUGCUCAGUUAGAUAUUGAUCAAAUACUUUUAGAAGCACAGCACCGCUGGCUUCGACCUGCAGAGAUAUGUGAGAUUCUACGUAAUUAUACAAAGUUUCGGAUUGCUUCAGAGCCUGGAAAUAGGCCUCCAAAUGGUUCACUUUUUCUGUUUGACCGGAAGGUAUUGAGGUAUUUUAGGAAAGAUGGACACAACUGGAGAAAGAAAAAGGAUGGGAAAACAGUUAAGGAAGCUCACGAAAGGCUAAAAGCUGGAAGCAUUGAUGUGCUACAUUGCUACUAUGCUCAUGGAGAAGAUAAUGAAAAUUUUCAGAGGCGUAGCUAUUGGUUGCUUGAAGAGGAGCUAUCAAAUAUUGUCCUGGUCCACUACCGUGAAGUAAAGGGGAAUAGGACAAGCACACAUCGUGCUAGAGAAGCUACUCCCACUUCUUUGGAAAGUGAAGAGAACAUAUCCACUUCUGAGGUCGAUAGUUCCGUGUCUUCUAAGUAUCACACAUAUAAUCAUUCAGUUGCUUCACAAACUACCGAGAACAGCACGCAGGCCUCAGAAUAUGAAGAUGCCGAGUCAGCAUAUUCUCACCAAUCUACUUCAAGAUAUAGCUCUAUCCACAAUUUGCAACCAUCAGUUACCACAAAGACUGAGGAUUCAUUCUCUAUGCCUUAUUAUCCCGUUCCUUCUUCAGGUGACUAUGAUGGAAAAUCUCAAAUGAAUCCUGAUAUGAGCUUUGUCUCACUCAUGCAAGGGGACAAAGAUGGGAACAAUCUUGAUGCUGGCUUGUCAUAUGCAUUUGAAAGCUACAGUACAGGAAGUCAGCCUGCUAGCUAUCAGUCAACACUGUCUUUUGACCCAAACAUGGGUCAAGUGAUGCCAGAUGGAUUUGAUAAAAUGCAGUUCAGGGGAAAUGCAGGGUGGCAGCCUGAUGCAGGAUACAAUAAUCUCCCCUCUAGGUUUCAUGAAGACGCUAGUUUUGCAGACCUUUUCAGUUCGUUUGAGACUACGAAUACCGUUGACCAGCAUAAGCUUUUUACGCAAGGAAGCUUUGAAUUCCCUUUGACAGAUGAAGACGGUGGGAAACCAAAUCUGGAGGGUAAUACGAUUCCUGUUGUAGAUGAAAGAUCUGGUUCUCUGAAACCUCCAUUUUUGGAAGAGUUUAUGAAGGAAGGUCUAAAGAAGCUUGACAGCUUUGACCGGUGGAUGACCAAAGAACUUGGAGAUGUUAAGGAGACACAAACGCAGUCGACUUCCGGGACGUACUGGGAAGCUGUUGAAAAUGAGAAUGGGGUUGAUGAUUCCAUUAUUAGUCCACAAGUACACUUGGACAGUUAUGUUGGCCCAUCUCUUUCUCAGGACCAGUUGUUCAGCAUUAUUGACUUUUCUCCUAACUGUGCUUAUGCUGGGUUCGAAAUCAAGGUUUUGAUAACGGGCAGAUUCUUAAGGAGUCAUGAAGAAUUGCAGCAUUGUGAAUGGGCAUGUAUGUUUGGAGAAUUGGAAGUCCCUGCAGAGGUGGUAGCCGAUGGUGUUCUUUGUUGUCACACACCUGAUCACAAGCCCGGAAGGGUGCAUUUUUACGUAACGUGUUCCAAUAGGCUUGCAUGCAGUGAAGUAAGAGAAUUUGAAUUCCAAGUCAACGAGAAUAAUAAUAAUAAUAAUCUGGACAUGGAUGGGGACAACACCAAUGAAACGCUUCUACACAUGCGAUUUGAGAAACUAUUGUCUCUUGGACCACAAGAUCAUGUUCCUACUGUAAACGAUCCUGAACUGAUGAGCCAACUUAGGUCAUUAAUCCAGGAGGAUAACAGUAACUGGGACCAAAUGCUGAAGUCUACUACAUCAGAAGAGGAAUUUUCUUCUGAAAAAGCCAGGAAUCAACUCUAUGAGAAGCUACUAAAGGAGAAGCUGCAUGCGUGGCUUGUUUACAAAGUGGCAGAAGGUGGAAAAGGUGCCAGUGUGUUGGAUGAAGAGGGGCAAGGUGUGCUGCAUUAUGCAGGGGCCCUUGGUUACGAUUGGGCUAUCCAACCCACGGUUGCUGCAGGUGUCAGUAUUAACUUCCGCGAUGUCAAUGGCUGGAACGCUCUUCACUGGGCUGCAUAUUGUGGCAGAGAGCGUACGGUGGUUUUCCUUAUUUCACUAGGUGCAGCAGCUGGAGCAUUGACAGAUCCUUCACCAAGAUACCCAGCCAAAUCACCUGCAGACUUGGCUGCCAGCAAUGGACAUAAAGGAAUCGCGGGUUAUUGUGCUGAAGCCGCCUUAAGUACACACCUCCAACUUCUUAAACUAAAGGAAGCCAGCAAGGAGGGUGAUGAUGCUUCUGCUUCCAGUGCUGUGCAGACCGUUACCGAAAGAACUCCAACUCCAGCGGGUUAUAGAGAAGGCUUGUCGUUAAAGGACUCAUUAGCGGCUGUUUGUAAUGCUACUCUAGCUGCUGCCAGAAUUCAUCAAGUCUUUAGGGUGCAAUCGUUUCAGAAAAAGCAGCUAAAGGAGCACGGUGGUAGUGAAUUUGGAUUGUCGGAUGAGCGUGCCCUCUCACUUCUUGCUUUAAAGACACCCAAGACAGGACAACAUGAUGAGCCGGUGCAUGCUGCUGCUGUUCGCAUACAAAAUAAGUUCCGUAGUUGGAAAGGGAGAAAGGAUUUUCUUAUUAUGAGGCAAAGAAUUGUCAAAAUUCAGGCACAUGUUAGAGGGCACCAGGUGAGAAAGAAUUAUAAAAAGAUAGUGUGGUCGGUGGGAAUAUUGGACAAGGUAAUAUUGCGGUGGAGGCGUAAGGGAAGGGGUUUGAAAGGUUUUAAGCCCGAAGCGGUUAAUGAAGGUACAAACGAAGCUGCCAAGCCAUCAAAAGAGGAGGAUGAUGAUUUUUUCAAAGAAGGCAGGAAACAAACAGAGCAGCGUUUGCAAAAGGCCCUUGCAAGAGUCAAAUCAAUGGUUCAGUAUCCUGAGGCAAGAGAUCAGUACAGUAGACUGCUCAAUGCUGUCAAUGACUUGCAGGAAAGCAAGGCUCUGGAGAGUUCAGAAGAAGCUGUUGACUUUGAUGAGGAUUUGAUCGACCUUGACGCGCUGCUGGAAGAUGAUGACGACGCAUUUAUGACCAUCUGAACCUUAGGAUACAAAGCAAGCUUUAUAUUGUAAAUGAUAUGAUUUAAGGUCGUGACUUGCGAUAAGGUGAGACAUUUCUGUACAUUAUUAUUAUUAGUAAACGGUACUUAGACGAUAUACUUGGAAUUUGGCACCUGACUGAUUGUAACUAUGAAGAAAAACAUGUUUCUACUUUUGUCUGUCUAUUAGUAUGUGGUUGUUUUCGGUUUGGUUGGUCUGUAGAAUUUGAAUAGAAUUGGAAAGCCGAAUUUCGUUUUAUAAUGUGUGUUUCGUAGACUU